GUACCUUUCUCAUACCACCUGUGUUCACUACCCAGAGGAUGACCAUGGGGACAACACAGACACCCACAUGGGUGUUAAUAUGGAUGGCUCUGGCGAUUGGUUUAACUGCCUCUCAAAGUGAGGAUACAUCAAAGGCCACAGUUAACAUCAUCCCCUCAAUGUCAAGGAUACCUGAGAUUGCAGGAGUGAGUCCUAUACAUAAUGGCCAAGUCUGCAGUACAUGGGGUAACUACCACUUCAAGACCUUUGAUGGAGACAUCUUUCAGCUCCCCUCCACCUGCAACUAUGUUGUGACCUCACUGUGCCAUAGCAGUUAUGAGGAUUUCAACAUCCAGAUGAGACGGCAUGUGGUGGACAACCAGCCCACCAUUAGCAAGAUCACCAUGAAGCUGGAUGGUGUAGUGGUGGAGCUUUCCAAGGGUUCCGUUGUUGUAAAUGGGAAUAAUGCCACCUUACCAUUCAGCCAGUCUGGUAUUCUCAUUGAAGAGACUCCCUCCUACAUCAAGAUCAAAGCAAAACUGGGAUUGGUAGCCAUAUGGAACCAGGAUGAAUCCUUCUUGGUGGAGAUGGACAUCAAAUUCAGAAAUAAGACCUGUGGUCUAUGUGGAGAUUUUAAUGCAAUUCAGCAAUUUGAUGAGUUCUAUAGUCAUGGUAUGAAAUUGUCUGCUGUCGACUUCGGAAACUUCUGGAAAUUGGAUGGUCCCACUGAAAGCUGUACUGAAAACACACUGCCUUCAAAUCAGAAAUGCCCCAAUCUGAAACCAGUUUGUGAGCAGUUGCUCUCCGGUCCUGCCUUCAGCAGCUGUAAGGACUUGUUGGCCAUCGACUCAUUUGUUGAGGCCUGUGUAUCUGACCUGUGCCACUGUGAUAACAGCACCAACUCCUUCUGCCUGUGCAACACCAUCUCAGAGUACUCCCGUCAGUGUGUUCAUGCAGGGGGGAAGCCCAAACAAUGGAGGACUGAACAGUUCUGCUAUAAGACAUGCCCCUUCAACAUGGAGUACCAAGAGUGUGGAAACCCCUGUGUUGACACCUGCUCCAACCCUGAGAGAGGCCAGCUGUGUGAGGAACACUGCUCAGAUGGCUGCUUUUGUCCUCCAGGAACCGUUUUUGAUGACGUCAACAAGAAUGGUUGUAUCGCCUUGAGUCAAUGCUCCUGCCGCCACAAUGGAAAAACCUACGCACCCGGAGAGACUUAUUCAAGCACUUGUAAAGAUUGUUCUUGUGCUGGUGGUCAGUGGAACUGUGUGGACAAGGACUGUCCUGGCACAUGUGCUGUGGAGGGAGGAUCCCACAUCAACACCUAUGAUGGAAAAGCCUACACCUUCCACGGGGACUGCUCUUAUGUUCUGACCAAGGACUGUGAUGGGAUGCAAUUCACUGUACUGGGUGAUCUGGUGCAGUGUGGGCUUUCUGACAGUGAGACUUGUCUAAAGGCUGUUAUCCUGUCCCUCUCAGAAGGAGCCACUGUGAUCAACAUACAACCCAAUGGAAAAGCCUUUGUAAAUGGAAUCUAUUCUCAGCUGCCCUUUUCUGUUGCUGGAGUAACUAUUUUCAGAGCCUCCUCAUUUUUCAUCAUCGUCCAGACCACCUUUGGCCUCCAGUUGGAAAUCCAACUCUCACCAAUCAUGCAGGUCUAUAUUGCUGCAAGCACCGUUUGGCAGCAGAGAACUUGCGGUCUUUGUGGAAACUUCAACAAUAACCAAGGAGAUGAUUUCAAGGUCCUGAGCGGAGUGACUGAGGGCACAGCCAUUGGUUUUGCAAACACCUGGAAAACACGAGCCAGCUGCCCAGACAUCAAGAGUAGCUUUGAAAGCCCCUGCAGUUUAAGUCUUGACAAUGAGAAAUAUGCCCAGCACUGGUGCUCUCAGCUGGCUGAUCCUAAAGGGUUGUUUGCUCCAUGCCACGCAGCGAUAAGCCCAGACAUGUACAAAGAUAACUGCAUGUAUGACAGCUGUAACUGUGAGAAGAGUGAGGACUGCAUGUGUGCUGCCGUCUCCUCUUAUGUCCACGCUUGUGCUGCCGAGGGUAUCCAGCUCUCUGGCUGGAGAGACACUAUCUGCAACAAAUACUCCACCUCGUGCCCUAGCACCAUGGUCUACAGCUACAGCAUGGAAAUCAGUGAUCGCUCCUGCCGCUGCUAUAGCGACUCUGACUUUACCUGUUCAAUCACCUUUGAGCCUGUGGAUGGGUGUGUCUGUUCUGAGGGAACCUACCUGGAUGAUGAGGGCAAGUGUGUUCCACCAGCCAGCUGCCCUUGUUAUUACAAGGGCUCAGUGGUGUCCCCUGGAGAGGUCAUCAGCAAGGAUGGAACCAUGUGCACCUGCAAGGAGGGCAAACUCCAUUGUAUUGGAGAUUCACCUGAUCAUCCAUCAUGUGUUGCACCAAUGGUUUUCAUCAACUGCUCCAAUGCAAGCCCAGGAGUGAGAGGGUUAGAGUGUCAGAAGAGCUGCAAUAUUCUGGAUAUGGCCUGUAUCAGCACAGAGUGCAUAUCAGGCUGUAUGUGUCCCCCUGGACUGGUAUCCGAUGGAAAAGGAGGCUGCAUCAAGCCAGACCUUUGUCCUUGUUCUCACAAUGCAGCUACUUACCAACCAGGAGACAGCAUCAAGGUCGACUGCAAUACCUGCACUUGUAAAGACAGAAAAUGGCAGUGCACAACUAACCUGUGCCAUGGAACCUGUGCCAUUUAUGGAGAUGGACACUACAUUACUUUUGACGGGAAACGAUUCACUUUCGAAGGAGACUGUGAAUACACACUUACAAAGGUAUGCUUGCAGGGUUUCUUGAUAGUCUAAGUGAUCAUCACCAAUAUUACAUGCUGAACAAUAAGGGUUUGUGUUAAUUGU